AUGUCGUUUCUGGGCUUCCGUCCCAGCUCGCGCAGCGGCCACACGCAAAAGUCGUUCAACUCGCACGGCCACCGCUCCGACGUCAAUCUUGCUUCGCAGCCGCCCCCUCCCCGCUCUGGCCGAGCUGCCACGGGUGCCAUGGACAUUGAAAAGAGUCGGACGCGCCGCGAGAGGACCUUCAUUGGCAGCGAAUGCUGCGUCUGCGAGGAGAACCUCGAGUACACGCUGCGCGGCGAGCGCAUCCUGCAGCUGUCCUGUGGCCAUGUGGCGCACGAAGCAUGCUUCUACGAGUACAUUCGCGAGUUCGAGUCGCAGCAUUGCCCGACAUGCGACGCCGCCCUCGCGCUCGACACUAGCAGAGGUGGAAACGUGCUAGAUCUGGGUAGGCCGUCGCCAGAAGCUGUGCCGAGCAGCCAUGCUGAUGUGGGGACAGAGAAACUCUCAACCAUUUCCAUGGAAACCAGCCUCAGCAGCCCGCGCGCCAUGCUCAAGAGCCCAAUACCCGCCCCAACAGUUACUGUGCGCAGCGAAUUCCCUACACUGAGUAGAUCACGACAACAGCAGAGCCUCACUUGCCUCGUCACAGUCGAAGUCGUCGAGGGAAAAUGGCGUCCGGAUCCGGAUGACAUGCGCAGUGCUCCAGCCCUUCCUUCCGUCGCCAGCGUUGCGGAGAGCAGUUACACCCGCAGCAAGUCGCCUGUAAACAACAGACCAUCCGAGCCCCAAUACGAACCGGCAGAGGUCCUGGACGAGAUUACAGAGGACCUCCAUGCCCGUGUUGACAACUGGCACGGCUUGGACUUUUCGCGCUUCGGCAAGUUGCGACUCCACGGCCACAUCCGCGUAGGCAAGGACCGUCAGUCAUGGCAGGAACUCGAAUGCUAUCUCUUCUCCGAGAUGCUCAUCUGCGUCAAGGAGAAGAAGGUUACCCAGCCCCAGUGGGAUGGUGCAUCGCCCACAAAAAAGACAAAAUGCACCCUCAAAGGCUCCAUCCUGAUCAAGAAGCACCUCAACCAGGUCGAACACUCGCCCGACAACUUGAUUCUCACCCUCAGCCUCUCCGUCGCAGAGCUCCCGGCCUUUCAUCUGCAGUUCCGAGACCCCAGCCAAUUAGAGCUGUGGCGUCGCGCCCUCAUGGACAUUCGUCUCGACUUUCCCGUCGCCACCCGCAUGCCCGAGUACGAUCAGGACAACUCGGGAACAGAAGAGGACGAAUACCGCCGGCCAAAGCGAGUUUCUUCCAUCAAUUCCUCUUACGGCGCAGCCAGGUCGACCAUGACGGCGCCUACAGAGUAUAGCACUUCGCGCGCGGGCAUGCCGGAACCCCGUCUCGGUACCUCGGUACAUGUCCCUGUCGACAUUGUUGUCGUCAUCCCUGUGUCUUCAUCCAUGCAAGGAUUGAAAAUCAACUUGUUGCGUGACACCUUGCGCUUCUUGGUAAACAACCUCGGCGAGCGUGAUCGCAUGGGUCUAGUCACAUUUGGUUCAAGCGGCGGCGGCGUCCCCAUUGUCGGCAUGACCAGCAAAGUGUGGAGAGACUGGUCAAAGGUGCUUGACUCCAUACGCCCGGUCGGACAAAAGAGCCUGCGUGCAGAUGUGGUGGAUGGAGCUAACGUGGCCAUGGACUUGCUCAUGCAACGCAAGUCGAGCAACCCUCUUUCGUCUAUCCUCCUCAUCAGUGACUCGUCCGUCUCGGAUACCGAAAGCGUCGACUUUGUUGUGUCCCGCGCCGAGGCUGCUAAGGUCUCUAUUCACUCUUUUGGCCUAGGACUAACGCACAAGCCUGACACAAUGAUUGAACUUUCGACACGGACCAAGGCAUCUUACACCUACGUCAAGGACUGGAUGAUGCUUCGCGAGUGCGCAGCCGGGUGCUUGGGCUCUCUCCAGACGACUUCGCAUCAAAACGUGAAGCUGAAACUACGACUACCAGAAGGUUCUCCUGCCAAGUUUGUCAAGAUCAGCGGCGCGCUGCACAUUACUAAACGAGCCACCGGACGAGACGCCGAAGCUUCGUUGGGCGACUUGCGCUUCGGCGACAAGAGGGACAUUUUGGUGCAACUGGCCAUUGCGCCAGACACAGGUUCCCCCGAGCAGGUUCCCCAGGAUCCUUGGGAAACAAUUGUAUCCGGCCUUGAAGCCCUUGGAGGUCCACUUGACCAGGACGACUCACGCACACUCAGUGUUGAAGAAGUACCAUUGAUCCAGGCUGAUCUCACAUAUGGUGACAUUCUUCGAGAAGGCUCCCUUGCGCACCUGCCGCGGCCAUCACUACUAGCCAUUACUUUACUACCUUCCAGCACAAGGAAGAACUCUACCACGGUUCCCCCGACACCCCCGAUUCCGCCUCACCCACAUGUUGUGCAGAGACGUAUGGAGUUGCUCACGUCAGACAUGUUGACACGCGCAUUGACGCUUGUCUCACGAGGCCAGCAUGAACGAGCUCAUCACUUGCUCACGGAGACACGCAGUAUCCUCAAAGGACUGGGCAAGGGUGGUCUGCCCCCACUUCCACCCCCUGGCCAUAGGCGCAACGACCCAUCCAGUGCAAACGGCAGUACAGAAUCAGCAUCGCCCACGACACACAGCGCCAGUGGAGACCCUCGAGCACGAACACCCUCACCGCAUGCCGACAGUCCCUUUACGCCCGCCGCCGGAAUUGAUGUACGAACCAUGCAUGCCCUUGACGCAGAACUCGAAUCCAGCCUUGAGUGGAUCAAUCACCCUGCUGUGUUUGGGCGGGAUUCGCGCAAGGCGGUACUUCAGGCCAUCGGCGUCAUUUCAUCACAACGAGCCUAUACAUUCAGGUCUCCAGCCGAGUCUCUCUGGGCAGAGCGCAUUGCUGGCAUCAAGCGUCUGUCCGAGCUCUCGCGCGACUGGCGCGAAACCGGAGACCAAGAAGCAUUGAUGGAGGAGAACUAAUCAUGUGCGCAGUCCUCUCUUAUGGAGCACUAUGUAUUUGCCUGCAUAUACCCUGUACCAUUCGCUGUCCUUUUCGCUCUGUUAUUGACGUUUGGUUUAUUUUACUUUUCCUUGUCUACUCUUCAUGGCCACACUAUUUUCUUUUGUUGGCCAUUGUAGCAUCUAAGCUGACUUCUGGCGCUACCUUUUGGGAGGCUUUUGUUUCGUUUGCAUACCUUUUCGGCUUCAUGAUACCAACACGGUCUGGAUCUCCUUGUAUUGCGCGGGUUUGCUGGGCUUGACAAAAAGUAGGACUUGGGCGUCACCAUCAACACAUUAUGUUUUAGAGGAUACCACCUGUGCUUAGCGAUUGAUUGGCUAAACACAAACACACACACACACACACACACACACACACACACCACUAUCUAGAUGCACACGAAUAUCACACACUCCUGAUUGUAU